UUUUUCAAAAAUACUACCCGUUGUUAAAAAAUUGAAAUUAAUGUUAUAUUGUAAUAAAUAAAUCAUAAAUUAUAAUUAAUGUAGAUUUCUUCAACUGCUUAGAAAUAUCUGUAACUAUGAUAAAAGUAUUCGUUAUUCAAUGUACAACAAAAUAUUACGAAAUAUUAUAUUUUAGUUGAUUGCGGCAACAUGUUUGUACCUUGCUGGAAAAAUAAAAGAUGAUGCAUUAAAAAUACGGGAUGUCAUGAACGUUACAUCAAACACUCUUCACAGAGGAUCUCCACCUUUAGAACUUGGCGAUCAAUAUUGGAGUUUACGUGAUGCAAUAAUUCAAGCUGAACUCUUAAUUAUAAGAACAUUAAAAUUUCAAGUAGUAUUUACUCAUCCACACAAGUAUCUCCUUCAUUAUUUGCGGUCCUUUCAAGCAUGGUUUGGAGAAGAUGAAUGGUCCAAAUAUCCUGUGGCAAAAACAAGCUUAGCAUUAUUACAAGAUUUUCAUCAUUCACCUGCAGUUUUGGAUUACCCCCCAAAUUGCAUUGCCUUAGCGUGUAUUAAUUUGACGCUACAAAUUUAUGGAGUAGUAGUACCGUUGAUGGAUGAAUGUGAUCAACUUCCGUGGUUUAAUGUAUUUUGCAAAGAUCUUACUAGAGAAAAACUAUGGGAAAUCAUGGAAAAAGUUAUGAUAACGUAUGAUCCUGAACCUGAAACUCAAGAUAACUGA